AUGGAUUCGGCCACUACCACGAGCAUCGAGACGUCCGAGGGGACGUCAGUCUUGCGACGAACCGAUGGUACGAGCGAGCCUAAAGCUACGGUCACAGUCACGAACGGAAAUACAGGUGGAGAGAAAAAGACAUUUGCGCUGAGGAAAUAUAAACAUGUUACUGCGGUCCACUCUCAGUCGAGACCUUCCACCUUGAGCCAUGACGCAACGGCUCCUCCCAGUUUCUUGGGGUUUCGGAAUCUUAUGGUUAUUGUGUUAGUUGUGGGAAACUUGCGAUUGGUCAUAGAAAACAUGCAAAAGUACGGAAACCUUAUAUGUAUAACAUGUCACGACUUUCGCCGCCAAGAUGUCCUUCUUGGGUUUCUCCUUUAUAUACUAGUCCCUUGCCAUCUAUUUAUUGCAUAUUCGUUCGAAUGGUACGCUGCGAAGCAGGCUCGGAUUUCACGAGCUCAAUCUAUUACUAAAGGAGGGUCUUCGAGCCCAACGGAAGACCAGCAGGCCAAAUUUGAAUCAACUUGGCGAAAUAUACGAUUCGCUCAUCUUUGCAAUGCGAGCUUGGCUCUAGCCAUCCACAGUUGGGUCGUUUAUUUCCACAUUCACCACCCCUUAAUCGGUACUAUAACCGAACUCCACGUCAUUAUCGUUUAUAUGAAGGUUCUAUCAUACGCCCUCACGAACAGAGACUUGCGACAUGCGUAUCUCCACCCGGUUAAGAGCGAGUUGGCCAUAUUGCCCGAGAUUUAUGCGCAAUGUCCUUAUCCCCUAAAUAUUACGAUGGGUAAUCUGACUUAUUUUUGGUGGGCGCCGACGCUGGUAUACCAACCUGUUUAUCCCCGGUCGGAAAAUAUUAGAUGGAUCUUCGUCCUUAAGAGACUUGGCGAAGUUGUUUGUCUAAGUGUUUUCAUAUGGUUCUGUAGCGCCCAAUACGCCGCGCCGGUACUAUGGAAUUCACUAGACAAAAUAGAUCAUUUAGAUCUGGUUUCGAUUGUCGAGCGAUUGCUGAAGCUGUCUACAAUUUCACUUAUCAUCUGGCUAGCGGGUUUCUUCGCUCUAUUUCAAUCGGCACUGAAUGCACUUGCCGAAAUAAUGAGAUUUGGCGACCGCGCAUUUUAUGACGAUUGGUGGAAUUCAGCAGGCCUUGGUGAUUAUUGGCGAUUGUGGAAUAAACCCGUCUACCAAUUUAUGAAGCGACACAUAUUUUCGCCUUUGAUAGGUAGGGGCUGGAAUAUGACAUCUGCUAGUAUUGCUGUGUUCUUCGUCUCGGCCGUGCUGCACGAGCUACUUGUCGGAAUUCCAACGAAGAAUAUCAUAGGUGUUGCUUUCAUGGGUAUGCUCAUCCAGAUCCCCUUGAUCUGGAUCACGCGAAUAUUCGAGAAGAUGAAGGGCCCUAAUGGCCGACUAAUCGGCAAUUGUAUCUUCUGGGUUUCAUUUACCGUGCUCGGGCAGCCCUUUGCUGCGCUCAUCUACUUUUACGCCUGGCAGGCCAAAUACGGUUCCGUUGCUAAGAGAAUGGCGAUGGAUAAGCCGCCGGUUAUGGGUUAG